AAGAAAUCUGCAAUUCCAGUACGCACGUACAGGACAAGCCAAAAUUUGCAAGCUCUGCCAGUCUGCCUGCUGCCGAGCCUGCUCUCCCUCCUGCUCUGCCUGCUGCCGUCCCUCCCUCCCUCCUGCUCUGCCUGCUGACGUCCGUCCCUCCCUGCUGCCCACCGCGCCUCCCUGGCCUGCUGCCCUCCGCCCGCCGCGGCCCCUCCCUGGGCGCCGCGCUCCCAGGUGCCGCGCUGCGCUCCCAGGUGGCCGCGCCGUGCCUCCCGGCUGGCCGCACCGCCUGCACUGCAGCCUCUAUUCUUCGCCGGCGCUGGAGCAGGAGGCACCGGAUCUAUUGGUGGAGGCAAGCACCGGAGUUGAAGCGACAGGAUCCUGGGGAAGCGGCGGCGGGAGGAGGAACGGGAGGAGCAGGGGCUCGGGGGAGGAAGAGGAACGGGAGGAGGAGGGGGUAUCGGUGGUAAAUGAGUCGAUUAUUCUCGUACCGCGAGGGGGCACGCGCGUUUUGACUGAAGGCAAGCUGCGGUGGGGAAUGGGGCAUGGCGGGGCGCUACCGCGCUGCGGUCGUCGCGGCCCGUUCGGCGCGAUUCUGGCGACGCGCUGCCGCACCGCGCCGCCAACGCGGUUCCAAACAGGCCCGGCGUGAGCAAACGGUGGAAGCAGCAGGGACAAGCAAGCCGGCGUGCCGCCGUGGCGGGACUGACAGCGGUACCGUGGUCGCCGGAGGGUGAGGAGAUGAGAUCAUGAGAAGGCUUUUUUUCAUUCGAAGUACUGCCGCCUGUGAGAAAGUAACAUGGGCUGCAUCAAGCAAUGGGUCUUACUUCCCUUAAGCAGCCCGCCCGACUCGCGCGCUUCUUUUUGAGGCCCAUUCAGUUCACAAAAGGACCUCUCUCUCUCUCUCUCUCUCUCUCUCUCUCUCUCUCGUUACAGGGCUCCCCGCGGCGGCCCAGCCAUGCUCACACUCCACUCUCCCUCCAGUUCUCUUCUCCCACGCCGUCGCCGCCUUUAACCUUCCCCACAGCUCCACGCGCCUCUCCUCUCCCCGCCGGUCGCCGGAGAGUAGCGGGGGACUCGUGCUUCUUGCGUUUUGACGGUUUCUCCUUAUCGCUGAGCUUCUAUUUACCGGGGAAGAGUAGAGAAGCAGGUAGGUUGGUAUGGUGGAGGAGGUGCAUCUAGGUCUUCCAGGUCCCUGGGCGGCGGACUACCGGGAGAAGGCCGACCACUACACCACUAAGAUCGGUGGAGUGCCCGAUUGGCCAACUGGUGAUACGGGCAUUAAGCCUGAAAUGCUUCAGUGCAGCUUAUGUGGAGCCAAGCUUUGUCUUGUUGCUCAGGUAUAUGCCCCUGUGGUGAAGCUAAACAUUGAGGAGAGGACAAUAUAUGUGCUUGCUUGUCCGACACCAGAAUGUGGGCCUAAGCCUCAGAGUUGGAAGGUCCUAAGAGUUCAAAAAUGCCGUAGUGUUGAGCAAACAGAAGGUGAUGGUGAUGAAUUAGGUCAAGCGACUGGACCUUCUUCUACAAGUAUUCCAGAAGAACAGAUUGAUAAAAAUACGAGUCUUGAUAUCAACGACGAUGAUUUCGAUCUAGAUGCCUUAGCCGAAGCGCUUGAGCAAGCUGCGGCAUUGGCAUCUAACUCAAAGAAGAAAAAUAAACCAAAGCGUGCUAAUGCCCCUAUAAAACGUCCUGUAUUAAAGGAGAAAGCAAGUGAUCUGAGCAUACCAGUUCUUCCUUGUUUUUACAUAUACUAUGAUAAGGAACAAUACCAGGGCAAAGGUGCUGUGGGUUCAAGUAGCAACGAAUUGGUUCUAGACAAAGAAAUAAUAGACGCAACAAAUGAUGAAGAAGAAAAAUGGGAAGGAGAAAAAUAUGAGUAUGAUAAAGCUAUUGGUGCUGACAGAACUUUCUUAAAAUUCAAGAAGCGGUUGGAUGCCUAUCCUGAGCAAUGCUUUAGGUAUUCUUAUGGUGGCAAGCUACUGUCAGCGGCAACAAAAUUACAAGAUGCUGGCACUUGUAGGCUUUGUGGCUCAUCACGGCAGUAUGAAUUGCAAUUGAUGUCUCCAUUAUCAUACUUUCUCCAUCAGGCUGGUGACGGUUCCUCAAAUUAUGCACCCAGCAGCUGGACUUGGCUGACUCUUAUCAUAUACACUUGCUCAAAGAGCUGCUGUCCGUCCUCGUGUGGUGGAAAGCCUUGCAGCUGCUGCUGGGGUGUAGCUGAGGAGGACAUAGUGAUUCAGGAGGAUGAAGCCGUCAAGAACCUAAUCUGCUGAUUCCUGGUAACUGUGUGAUGUACGGCUUUAUUGACUGUCGGUUUAGAAGCCGUUCAGCUAUUGCUGGGAAGUAGACAAAUAGUGGGAGGAGAUCAUGGUCCACGAAGGAUGAAGUUCUAUCGGGAUCUAAUUUGCUGGGAAACACCAACCCUGGUUUGAGUGUGUGAUAUAUAUACAGUUCUUAUUGCCGUUUCCUGUUGUUACAGUUGAAAAGCUAUCAGCAAUUUUGUGUAUCUCCUUCUGUUUUACUAGAGUGUCCUGCAAACUGUCAAAAACAAAAUACGAUCGUCUUGCAUGGACAUUAGGCA